UAACGUCAGCUCGUGUCGAAGGUAAGUUGUCAGAGAUCUUUUUGGCCUCACUUGCUGAAAGUGGAUUUUGAGGGUUCAGCGAUGGAUUUUCAUCAGUAAGUUUUCAUACUGACAGUGACUUAAUUCACUGUAUAGCCCCGGUAGCAUGAUUCAUCACCAUGGGAUGACCAGUUAGUUAAACUGUGGCUGUCAGUAUUUUUGUUGGAAUGUCCUGCACAGAGGAAGUAUCCUAAAAUAGAACUAACAGCAUCUGCAGUUGCCUCUUCUGAUUUGCAUCAGCACCGUCUCACAGCCAUGGGAUUCUGUUUGCGGAGGGGGAAGUAUGUUGUGCUGCUCCUUCUUUCGCUCUCUGUGCUGGCAUGGAUUGCUACUUUUUCGGGUGAGACAGUGAAAGCCGGUCUGGCUUCAUCCACCACGCCACAGACUCUUGUCAAAGAGGACAGUCUGAGGGAUAAACUCAACACUUUGACAGCGGCGCCCGAUCACUUAAAUACUCCACCACCCAAAGCAGAAUGCCAAAAGGAGUCACCAUUGCUAAAGGGAGCUGUGAAGUUGUCCUUUGAAUCCUCUCUGAAACUGAAGGAUGUGGAGAGUGAGAACAAAGGAGUGAUUGAGGGCGAGUACGAGCCCUCAGACUGCACAGCGAGGCAGAGCGUGGCCAUCCUCAUCCCUCACCGCAGCAGAGAGAGACACCUCCUCUACCUCUUGCACCACCUGCACCCCUUUCUGCAGAGGCAGCAGCUACACUAUGCCAUCUAUGUCAUCCAGCAGGCUGGUGAUGCAACUUUUAAUCGUGCCAAGUUACUCAAUGUUGGGUAUUUGGAAGCACUGAAGGACUACAAUUGGGGGUGCUUCAUCUUUCAUGAUGUGGACCUGGUUCCAGAAAAUGAUCACAAUUUAUACCUCUGUGAUAAACAGCCCAAACACUUGGUGGUUGGCCGGAACGCAACAGGAUACAAGCUGCGGUACAAAGGCUACUUUGGAGGAGUCACAGCGAUGACCAAAGACCAGUUUCUUCAAGUGAACGGAUUCUCAAACACUUACUGGGGCUGGGGCGGAGAAGACGAUGAUCUUCGCAUCAGGGUUGAGCUGCAGAAGAUGAAGAUUGUACGGCCGCCCGCUGAUAUAGCUCGCUACACCAUGGUGUUUCACAAACGGGACAGUGGCAAUGAAAUAAACAAAGACAGGAUGAGACUGUUAGGACGAACACAGCAGGUAUGGAGAAAGGACGGACUGAACAGCUGCUCAUAUAAGACUUUGUCGCUCGAGAGGCUGCCUCUUUAUGUGAAUGUUACUGUGGACAUUGGUAAGCCACAGAGCUGAGAUUUCUUACAGGAAACCCUGCUGUGACCAAAAAAUAUUUUAUGAUGUAUUUUAUACAGUGUGUUUAGGCCACUGAGUGCAGAAAAGCUACUACGUGUGUACAAGACUCCAUAUUAAGCACACAAAAUGCACAUUGUUUUGACAAGUUUACGUAUUAGGAUUCAGUUCAGCUGGCAACUACAUCUUUGCACAUUUUUGCAUGUCAUGCUGCCUUCAUUUCUUCAUAUUUUAACCAGCCUGUAAAACUAAAUUAAUAAAACAUUCCUUUAAAUUGUCCAAAAAGAUGUUGCUACCAUCCAGCUGACGGGCUUAAUGAAUGAAUGCAUAUGCUUCAUUAUUUGCCUACAUAAUAUCAGUUUAAAACAGGCUGAUAUUUUACAUUUAAAAACCUGCGACACAUGUACAAUGUGUAUUUUGUGUGCUUCAUUAUUUUGCUGAAUAGACUUUUUCAAACAGCCCCUGCAGACACAGGUGUUGUUUCUUGUUUUGCCUGUCUAGGAGACACAGACUGACUGAUAUCUCCCUUUUGUUGCUUCCGUAUGGCCGGACCUUUAAUGUUACUUCUAGUACAUAACCUGUAUUGAUCUUGCAGAAGUCUGAUCAGGUAAGAGAUAACUGAAAACACUAGGCACAAGGCUACUUUAAGGCAAUGAGGUGUUUAACUGAUUUUAACAGAGUUUAUUCUUAGCUCACACUACAAGACGUUUGCCCUGACUUCGCUCUCCCCAAGAGGUUUGGAGCUUCCUGACAAAAGCUCCAGAUUAGAGGAAAAGAGGCGCUCGUAAAUCAGCGUUUAAGCUCUGGUUUAACUGUUUAAAGAUGCAAGCUGAACAGAUCACAUAUGCAUCCCAGAUAUCUAGCAGGCUAAAUAUCUGGACUUGUCAGGGAGCCAAGAAGCGUGCAAGACACAGGUUGAAGGAAAACAUGUGCGAAGGAUUGUUCUCAUUCCCAACUCAUCACAUGGGGACACUUGCCGUUACUUUUUAUGCUACAGUUUUGUUAAGAAAACAGAACUUCUUGGUUAAGUUUAGGAAAAGAUUGUGGCAAUAUGUGUUACAUUUGCAACAAGCUGUUAUCACAUACAGAGGAAACAGAAACAGAAAUUCAGAAAAACUCUGUUGUGAACAUGUGUUCCAACGCCAGCUUCAACAAGCAUGAGAUCAGACAUAUUUAUCUGGUAAUCCCCCGGGUAAAAGAUUGAGUGUGUAACCCUCUGUACCGGUCAAUUGUGUGGUGUGAAAACCACAAGAUGUGUAAUAUGACAUUAACUGGAUCAGGUCGUAUGAGUAAUGUGAUUUAAAGCUGAAUUAAUAGAUUUUGAUCGCUUGAUGGCAAGGAAGACAAAACAAACAGACAAACAGCGAAGGAGCCUGGAUAUACUCUUGGCUUAUUAGUUUAUAGCAAAAUAAUUCCUAAAAUAGCAUAUUAUAAUACAUAUGUUCUAUUGUUUGACACGAUCACAGCACAGUGGAUGCAAUACAUUUAAAUAAAAUGUAUCUUUACUAUUCAACUGGAUAUAAACUGGAAAUGAAUCUAAAUUUAAACUAGGUUUAUUAAUUCUAAAGCACGAUAUUUACUAAUUAACAACACUGUUCUGGCUUUUUUUUUUUUUUUUACCACAGACAUAAAACUGACAUUACAAUAGUGUUGCAUAGUAUAUGAUACCAGCGAGAUUACAGACCUCGUGAGCAGUUUCAUGUAUGAACUAUUCUCUUUCUCUACAUGUAAUUGCUCGCAACAAGUCUGUGUAUUAUCUUAAGAAACGAGACAUUGCUGUUGAGUUUUUCAGUUGUAUUUGUUGGUGCUUUGAGCACCACAAUCUAAGUGCCAUGUAGUUAAUUAUAUUCUAAAGAAGACGGACAUCUCUCCAGCUGAUAUCUGAAAGAUAGAUAGAAUAAAAAACAUGUAUUUUUGAUUUGGGGAUGAACUGUCCCUUUAAUUAAAUCCUAAUAUUGUUAUUAAUGCUAGAUAUCUGAGGUCUUUAUCAUCCAAAACUUGCCAGUAACAUUACUGCUCUGUAUCAUAAAUUAAGGAAUUAAAAAAACAAAUUAUUAUUAAUACGGACAGUAUAGUUUGGUAUCAGCAGACAAUGAAUGGACCUGGGGUGCAGAAGAAACAAGAGAUCUUUAAUUAAAUUUGCUAACAUAUAGUGUUAUUGGUUAGAAGGUUUUAAUUAAUUUAUUAGAAUUAGUGGGCACUGUAAAACCUGGCUGCUCUAGAAUCAACUUACAUUAUUUUUUUUUAGCAUUACCUAAAAAGCUAGGGCUGACUUGUGCCAACUGGCUUUAUUUCCAGAACUUAAUAAUAAUAAUAAUAAUAAUAAUAAUUUUUUUGUCUUGAAAAGUAAUUUUAUAUAUAUAUAUUUAAAUAUAUAUAUAUAUGCCUUAUGUGCAUGUUUUCAAGCAGGAAUUAAAGGGUGGUGGAUUCUUAUUUAUUACUUUAUCAUUUUUUAAGUGAUGAUUGUUGUCUUUUGAGACCGAUCAAUAUCACUUUUUCUUAUUCUUAUCGAAAGUCGAGAAAAAUCUGCAUAUUUAUACUUUGAUCAUUGCAUGCUGCCUAUAAAUAGUCUGAUACACGCAUAUCAAAUGUGUUAAAUAAAUGAUUUUGUUUCAUUUAGCCUAAUUUAUACUUUGAAGGAUGUGUAGCUGCUGGUGUGUUACAACUACAAUGUGUUUUGUCUUUAUUUG